AUGGCAAGCUCAGACACGCGAGACUACAUUCUGGCGGUUGAGAGCAAUAAAGAUGGCGCUCUCCAGAUCGCCCAAGACACGGCAAAAAAACUGCAGGCGCGCCAAACCACGUUGAUCGAGGUGGUGCAGUCGCUCGGAGAGUAUAUCAACGAUGAAGACGACAAGAUUCGCGCCCGAGCUGUCUCGUACCUUACCGCAAUUAUCUCGAGCCUACCACCGACCUUCCUCUCGCGACAACAGAUUGAUGUGCUGUGCGACUUUCUGUGCGCCAGAAUUGAAGAUGGCGGGGCUAUCGAGGGUCUAUCCAAUUUGCAAAGCCUGGAUAGAUUCACCAAUAACAUGGCACAAGCCGUUGUGAAAGCAGUAAUCGAUCACUUCUCGGAUCUCCAAUCCAGAACCCAGGGGGCUCGGUACAAAGUGCUCCAGCUUUUGAACGAAAUGAUGCAAAAUCACCGGAAAGGCAAGCAGAUUGCGUCCGCGACAUGGGAGAUCAGUCGCUGGUGGGAGUUGCAGCAGUGGUUGGAGGGGAGAAAGACCCCCGAAACCUCAUGCUAA